AUGGAUGAUUGCCAGCAUAUUCAGUCAAUUUUUGAGAAUCCCAAGAAUAGAGCAGCUUGGCUAAAUGCAUUAAGUACUACACAGAGUGUACUACGCCAUUCUCCUAUCAAGGCGAAGCUAUUGCAUGCUUUUCGAUGCUCGACUUGCAAAGAGAUAUCCAAUGGUUCGAACUUUUUAUGUCUUCAAUGUGGAUUCUGCGGCUGCUGGAACGGCUCACAUUUUGAACAACAUAGCAAAGAGACAGGUCAUUUAUUUGGCAUUAAUGCACAAACCGAACUAGUAUUUUGCUUUCAAUGCAUGGACUAUGUUGGUGAUUUUGAUCUAUUUAGAGAUGCGGCAUUGGCUAAUAGAUGGGACUAUUACGAGGAAUAUACAAAUGUGCCGACAGUUGAUCAGAUCGAUGGUAUGGCUGGUUUAGUUAACAUGGGAUCUACAUGUUACAUGAGCAGUAUAAUGCAAUGCAUUAUCCAUAACCCAUAUAUGAUACGAUACUUCAUGUGCCAGCAACAUAGCAAUAAUUGUACCCUCAAAAUGGCUAGCAAUUGUACUAGCUGCGCUAUUUCAUCAAUAAUAGCUGAUUUCUAUGGCAAUUCAGUUCAGAAUGAUUAUAAGAGCAAGAAGAACAAUAAUAAUAAACAUGAAGGCUUCAUUAAUCUACUUACCUGUUCUUGGAAAGUUAACGAGAAUCUGGCUGGGUACUCUCAACAAGAUGCGCAUGAAUAUUGGCAAUUUAUAUUAAACCAUAUCCAUCAAGAUUACAAAAGUAGCAUGCACUCGCAUUCUGAUGACAAACUAUGCAACUGUGUGGUUCAUUCAUCAUUCCAAGGAUCAUUGAAGAGUUCAAUUGUUUGUCCAGAAUGUAAUAACGACUCGAAAACGACAUUUGAUCCUUUUAUAGACCUUUCAUUAGGGAUUAAAGACAAACACACACUAACAGAGUGCUUAGAUAAUUUUCACAAGAAAGAACAACUUCAUGAUUACGACUUCUUUUGCAAGAAAUGCCAAGCUCAACAGAAUCCAAUAAAACAGUUUACAAUCAAUAAACUUCCGCCAGUUUUAGUACUUCAGUUAAAACGGUUUGAGCAUCUAAUGAGUGGUGUAAAUCAAAAAUUAAAUGACUAUAUCGAAUUUCCCAAAAUUUUAGAUAUGAAACCUUACCUAAAGGACAACCAGAACCCUGAUGAAGAUCCAUCGAUAUUAUAUGAAUUAAUCGGGAUAAUUUCACAUACUGGAUCUGUAAAUGAGGGUCACUACGUUGCUUUUUGUAAAAUAGAAAAUGGAGAAUGGUUCAAAUUCAAUGAUUCUAUGGUUACAAAGAUCCUGGAAAAAGAUGUGCUAAAAGAACAAGCAUAUUUAUUAUUUUAUAUCGUAAAGCAUAUCAGUUAA